AUGAAACGUAUCCUAAGUGGUGUUCGAGCAGAAUGCAGACUCGAAGCAACACUCGAAAAUGAAAUCGAAGAACUGCUUCCCGGCUUGUUGCUCGAAAUAAUUCAACUGCACGGCGUGCCCGGUAAAAGGAACGAAAUUUAUUACAAUUGCUGCCCAGAACCUUACAUAGAUAUAACGUUCGUGGUUAUCAUCAGAAGGCGGACUCUUUAUUAUUUCUUCAACCUGAUCGUGCCGUGUGUCCUGAUUGCCAGCAUGGCCGUUCUUGGAUUCACCUUGCCACCGGAUUCCGGCGAGAAACUUUCUCUAGGCAAGUUGGAUUGGAUAAAAUUCUGCAUGCUACAGGUGUCCUCUUCCUCCUCCUCGAGAUUUUUGGGAGACUUUAACCCUUUGCGGUCGUAUUAA